CGCACCUCUGUGGUUGUCCCGGAAGUGCUUCCGCGGGUAACCAUGGUAACGGGGCGCUCGUUCCCGCUGCCGGCGCCAUGGCGGAGCCGCAGGCCCAGGCCGCACCGGUUUCUUCAUUGCCAGCGGCUACAGAACCUCUGAAACCCCAUGCUAAAAAAGCACCAGAGUUACCAGUCCUAGAGAGGAAGAACUGGUUGAUCUACCUGCUGUAUGUCCGCAGGGACUACGACGAGUGCAAGGCUCUCAUCAAAGAGCAGCUGCAGGAGUCUCAUGGGCUGUGUGAAUAUGCAGUCUACGUUCAAGCUUUGAUAUUUCGCUUGGAGGGGAAGAUUCAAGAAUCUCUUGAACUUUUCCAGACAUGUUCCAUUCUGAACCCCCGAAGCACAGACAACCUCAAGCAGGUGGCACGAUCACUGUUUCUUUUGGGGAAGCACAAGGCAGCCAUUGAAGUGUACAAUGAAGCAGCUAAACUCGAUGAAAAGGACUGGGAGAUCAGCCACAACCUGGGUGUCUGCUACAUGUACCUGAAGCACUUCAACAAGGCACGAGACCAGCUAAACAAUGCCCUGGAGCUCAGCAGACAUGAUCUGACUUACAUGAUGCUGGGGAAAAUUCACCUAUUGGAGGGGGAGAUGGAGAAAGCCAUUGAAGUCUAUAAGAAAGCCGUAGAGUUUUCCCCGGAGAACGCAGACCUCCUUACAACACUGGGGCUGCUGUACUUGCAGCUUGGGGAGUACCAGAAGGCUUUUGAACACCUUGGGAACGCACUUACUUACGACCCAGGCAACUACAAGGCUACCUUGGCUGCUGGCAGCAUGAUGCAGGCGCACGGAGAUUUUGACGUUGCCCUCUCCAAGUACCGGGUGAUAGCCAGCACUGCACCUGAAAGCCCCCCGCUGUGGAACAACAUCGGGAUGUGCUUCUUUGGGAAGAAGAAAUACGUAGCUGCUGUCAGUUGCCUGAAGCGGGCAAACUACUUGGCUCCCUUUGACUGGAAGAUUUUGUAUAAUCUGGGGUUAGUCCACCUCACAAUGCAGCAGUACGCGUCUGCUUUCCACUUCCUCAGUGCUGCCAUCAACUUCCAGCCCAAGAUGGGAGAGCUCUAUAUGCUCCUUGCAGUUGCUCUCACAAACCUUGAGGACAUCGAGAAUGCAAAGCGUUCCUAUGAGCAAGCUGUGGCACUGGACAAGUGCAACCCCCUGGUCAACCUGAACUACGCUGUCCUGCUGUAUAACCAGGGUGACAAGAAGGGAGCCCUCUGUCAGUACCAGGAGAUGGAGAAGAAGGUCAAUGCCUUGAAGGAGGGCAGUACUCUUGACUUUGACCCUGAGAUGGUGGAGGUUGCCCGGAAGAUGGGAGUUGCCCUGCAAGCAGGGGAGAGCCUGGUCUGGACUAAGUCUUCUAAAGAAUCUAAAUCCAAGCAGAAAGCUGCUCUGUCAGGCAAAUCCUCCAGCACUCAGCAGCCGCUGGGCUCUAACCAGGCCCUGGGUCAAGCCAUGUCCUCGGCUGCAGGCUAUGGGAAAACCAUGCAGCUUCCCUCAGGUGCUAGAGCUCCAGCCCCACUUGCAAAGUCUCCCUCACUGCCUCUGGAACCAGAACCAGGCUCAGAAAGGAGCCCCAAGGAAACUCCGGCACCAGCAGCGGCUGAGGAGCAGAGGAAAGAGAAGCGCAAGAGCUCCCAGGCAGUGGAGUAGGAGGGACUGUGGUCAGGACGGGCAGGUG